AUGGAUUUCAACGGAGGAGUGGACAAGUAUCCGGCAAAAUCACAUGCGAGAAGGGUUGCAGAGAAGCUCAAUGUCUGCGAAGGCGUCAUCCUCCUGGCGGCCACGAACGCAAGAAAUUGGCCCAACUCGGAUAUGCCAGCACCUUUUCGUCAAGAUCGCUAUUUCUACUACCUGACAGGAUGCAACGAGGCUGAUACGUUCGUCACCUAUGAUAUUGGUGAAGAUCUUUUGACAUUAUGGUUACCUACCAUCGACAAGGCACGCGUCCUCUGGUAUGGUCGAGGCAGCACUGUGGAGGAAGCGCUGGAGAAGUAUGAUAUAGAUGCAGCCCACUAUAUCAAGAGUAAGCCCGGUAGCUCGAUCGACGAGCUCGCAUUGAGAACAUGUGUCAAUGUCCACGGCACCAAACCCGUUGACACGAAGCCAUUGCGGCAUGCCAUCGACGCGUGUAGAGUGAUCAAGGAUGAGCAUGAGAUCGCCUUGAUCCGACGCGCCAACGACAUCACAGCGGAGGCCCAUAUCAGUAUCAUGAAAGGUAUACAUACCUUCAAGACCGAGGCGGAAGUAGAAGCGGCCUACACGCAAGUGUGUAUUGCAAAGAAUGCGAAGACGCAAGCCUACGACCCUAUAGUUGGCGCUGGGCCCAACGCAGCCGAAUUGCACUACUCCCGGAACUCAGCAGCAUUCGGCAAUGGACAGACUAUCGUUGUGGAUGCUGGCUGCGAGGCCGGCAGAUAUGCUGCAGAUGUGACUCGCACUCUUCCUCUAAAUGCCAAGCAUCUCGGCUACUGGCCCUCAAAGGAAGCGGAGAACAUCUACAAGCUCGUGGAGAAGAUACAGGAGGCCUGCAUCAAGCAAGUGCUUCCUGGCAACCAGUUCGUGAAGACGUUCUGGUAUGCCCAUGAGCUGGUGAUUGAAGGACUCUUGGAGCUCGGCAUCCUCGUGGGUGGUUCAGUGGCCACCAUCUACGCAGCGGGGACGUCGCAGGCAUUUCUGCCGCACGGAUUGGGCCAUCAUGUCGGGCUGGAAGUACAUGAUGUUUCGCCCGAUUCACCUCCGCCACUCGCAGACGCGAGCAUGGUACAAGGAGCGCUCAGUCCUUUGCUGCAUGCUGUAGAUGCCCCAUUGCUGGAACCGGGAAUGGUCAUUACGGUGGAACCGGGGAUCUACUUCAACAAGUUCUUACUCGACAAUUUCUUUCUUAAUGAUCCAAAGCAUCUGAAACAUAUUGAUCUGAAGGUACUCGAGAGAUAUAUGCAAGUCGGGGGUGUGCGCAUCGAAGACGAUAUCUUAGUCACGAAGCACGGUUAUGAGAAUGUCACGACGGCGCCGAAGGGUGAUGCGAUGCUCAAGAUUAUUCGCGAGGCAUCUGCAUGA